AUGGCUCUCAAGGGCAAAAUCGUCGAGAAAAUUAUGGAAAAUCGCGUCACUCUCAUUGUCGGCGAGACCGGCUGCGGAAAGAGCUCUCAAGUUCCACAGUUUCUGCUAGACGAAAACAUGAAACCCAUUUUAUGCACACAACCAAGGAGAUUUGCUGUUGUUGCUGUUGCUAAAAUGGUUGCAAAAGCUCGUAACUGUGAACUUGGAGCACAGGUUGGAUAUCACAUAGGUCAUUCGAAGCUUUUAUCAGCAAGAUCAGAAAUUGUCUUCAAAACGGCUGGAGUUUUGUUAGAUGAAAUGCGAGAGAAAGGGUUCGAUGCACUCAACUACAAGGCUAUUAUUCUUGAUGAAGUGCAUGAAAGAUCUGUUGAAUCUGAUCUUGUUCUUGUCUGUGUCAAGCAGUUUAUGUUAAAAAACAAUGGCCUGAGGGUGGUAUUGAUGUCGGCAACUGCUGAUAUUUCAAGAUACCGAGAUUACUUCAAAGACCUUGGUAGGGGUGAAAGAGUUGAAGUGCUUGCAAUCCCUAGCUCCAACCAGCAAUCCCUUUUCCAGCGAAGAGUGUCAUAUCUUGAACAGGCAAGAACAAGCUCUUCUAUGGCUGCUGCUGAUAUCAAUCCAGAACUGGCUGCUGCUGAUAUCAAACCAGAAGUGCAUAAACUUAUUUUUGACUUGAUUUUGCACAUCAAUGACAAUGAACCAGACAUUGAAAAGGGCAUUUUGGUUUUCCUUCCAACAUACCAUGACUUGGAGCAGGAGUGGAAUCUUCUGAAGCCACGUAGUUCAUCUUUUAAAGUUCACAUUUUACAUCGAAGCGUUGACACUGAACAAGCUCUUAUGGCUAUGAAAAUCUUGAAAUCUCAUCGUAAGGUAAUAUUGGCCACAAAUAUUGCGGAAUCAUCUGUAACCAUACCCAAAGUAGCGUAUGUCAUUGAUUCAUGCCGAUCUUUACAAGUUUUCUGGGAUGCUGCCAGGAAAAAGGAUUCUACAGAGCUCGUUUGGGUUUCUAAAUCUCAGGCUGAUCAGCGGAAAGGGAGAACUGGUCGAACUUGUGAUGGCCAGAUAUAUCGGUUGGUCACAAGUUCAUUUUUCAGCAAGCUGGAGGAUCAUGAAUGUCCAGCCAUAUCGAGGUUGUCAUUGCGGCAACAAAAGGCUUUGGAUCCUCCAGAUCCUGAAGUUAUUGAAGAUGCAUUAAAUUUGCUUAUUCGCAUGAAAGCAUUGGAUAGACCAUCUCCUAGGGGGCGGUGUGAGCCUACAUUUUAUGGACGGUUGCUAGCCAGUUUCUCCUUGUCCUUUGAUGCUUCUGUGCUUGUACUCAAGUUUGGGGACAUUGGAUUGCUCCAUGAAGGCAUUCUACUGGGCAUAUUGAUUGAUACACAGCCUCAACCGAUUCUUUGUCUGUUUGGAGAGGAAAAUUUGUAUACCGAGUAUGUUUAUCGCUACUACGGUGGAGACUGUGACUACACUGUCCAAAUUGGUCGAAAGGAGAUGAUACUAAUUGGAAACUUGUGUGCAUAUCAGUUCUGGCAACGUAUAUUUAAGGAUAAGCAUCGCCUUGAACACUUGAAACGCCUUUUAAAGAUUGAUGAAAUGAAAGCUACAACUGUGUUACUGCCAAAGAUUGAAGAAGAAUGGUGCUCAUUCCAUAAUCUUGUCCAAUCAUCGCUCCAUAAUGUCUCUCAGAUAUAUGAAGAUAUACUAAAUUCGCUGCACCGGUUUCGUCCAAAAUUUCUGGGUGCCUGUGAUGGUUUACCAACUCAUUAUGAUCCUUAUGAAUUUGAGCACACUUGUCUUCUAAAAUGUCUCCCAAACAGAGAUAUCAGUACUGUUGUUGCAGAUGAUGAGGAUGAUGAGCCAUCUCUUGAAACAAGGAAAUGUUUUGCAGUGCCAUUUGUGGCUCCAAGUCACUUUCAGACCAUUAAAGUGGCUGAAAAUUUUUCAAAUAUUAUCAAAGAGAUAAGAGUUAAGCAUACAGACAGCACAUCUGACAAUAAGCAUGAGUAUAUUGUUAAUGGGUAUCGUGGCAACGAAGAAGCUUCUCAGUCAACAUGUGCUAACCCAGAGUUUGAAAUGCCAGAAUACCUUCACUUUGUUUAUGUAACUGAGUGUUUAAGCAUAGCUAGUAGUUUAAUUUGCCUGAUUGACCGUGGAGAACAUGGUUCUCCAGGUGGAUGUCGAAAUGGAGAGAUGUGUUCCUUUUCUCAUGAUCUGGGUCCAUCAUUAUCAUCAUUUAGCUCAACCCCAUGCAUGCCCGAAGAUGGUGCUGUCAAUGUUGCUUCCCUACUACGGUUUCUUCCAACGUCUUCGGAUGGAUGUGUUCUGUUAUUGGAUGACACUGAUUUGCAUUUCUCCUCAAAUCUUGCUCGUCACUACGAUUCAUCCAAAAUAAUCUCUACAACAUGCAUGUCAGACACCUUCAUGUGUGACACAUCAUUGACUGGUAUCAGAAUUCUGUGGGGUCUCCAUGACCUAUACCAGACAAUUAUUUCCACUUCUCGGGGUAGUCCAAUUCCAUGGAGUGAAGUUAAGUGCGUACUGUGGUUGCCUAACUUAGAUAGCUACAGUGAAAAUUUGGAGAGGCAGAAAACUUUAGUGCAGAAUUUCUUCGAGUAUUUAGCCAUCCGAAUAUUAGGUGAUUCCUUGUAUGAAGUGCGAGUUAUUCUCACCAUGAACAACAUCAAAUUUUCACAGCUACAGGUAGAAAAGUUGGGGAGAGACAGCUUCUUCUUCCUUGGAGAGUCUUUUCCAUAUGAUGAAGAAAGUUUUGGUCAGAUGUCAGAUAAAGUCGCAACAAAGAAACCGAUGUUGGUAUCAAAGCCCAUCUCAUACGUAUUUAACCUUCUGCCACCUACUGACAUUAUGUUUGGCAACUAUGCCGACACACUUCACAAACAUCUCCAUGAUGUCCAUGGUGACAAACGGCGGAACAAUUAUGUCUUGAGGGACAAAAUCGACGACCCUUGA